AUGUGCGUACAGUGCGAACGAGAAUGGGCCAAUAUAGUAUCUCACGACGACAACCAGGGUCAAACAUGCGAGGCUCGCCCUGUCGUCAAGGGCCUACAUAUUGAGAGACCGCUAGUUGAGAUCAAAGCUCGGAUGGUGAGCGUUCUCCCUUUUACCAUUCGUGAAGAUGCACCCCUGAGUGACCUUGGCUCGAUUAUCAGUACAGAGUAUGAAGAGCAGGGCGGUGUUCUUCUAGAUCCUUUCUACGACGUCAUUGAUACUCACCAAUCCCGCCAUGUGCACAGGGCUGACAGUAUUGCUAGCCCAAAAUCUACCAACUCGGCUUCACCACUGUUGCAGCACAGUCGCAUGGAAACACAGUCUAGCUCGUUGGAUCUGCCGCCUGCUCUUGUUGAAUCUUUCAUCUCAUCUCUGUCUACUUAUGACUACUUUACUUCCAAUUAUGAUAGCUCUGAGUAUGAAAAUUCUAGCGAGGGCAGUACUGACCAGUUGCCUUUUGAUGAAGAGCACCGGAUUUGGCAGAAUGGUUUGAUUGACGUUAAGAUGAUCAAGCCUCCUUCUACCGAUGAUAGCUGCAUUGCCAACUUCGAUGAUUCCAACGAAGAUAUCCUAGAGUUUGAACAUGCAGACCUGCACGCUACCACUGAGUCUGAUGAAAGCGACUGCGCUUUUGUUGAUGCCCGGUUCAAUAUUACAUCCAGUGUUGAUGAAUAUACCUACGCCACCAGUGAGGUGGAGUAUAAUUCCUCCAAUGGGUGGAUCGCUAACCUAGAGCGCACCGCAGCAUGCAUUGAAGCAACAGUCGCAAAAAGGAUCGAAGAGGACUACGAAAGAUACCGCUGCAAAGCUAUGAUUUCGAGUCUUCUCAACAAGGCUUCGUUCUUUCAAGACCAGGCUUACAAGAGCGACCAAAACGCUGAGCUGGGCAUUGAGGACGACCAUCACCUAUGGGAUACAGAGCCCAUGCUCAGACCCGAUUACGCCGAUGAUAAUAAGGAAGAUACACGCCCUAUUGUCAGAAGCGCUCUCCUGCAUGUCUACGAUGGCAUCUUUUCCACAAAUUCAGAGCAGGAAGCCGAGAAACAAGGUCUCUUUGCUUUUGCACCCAUCACCAACAUGCCCGGUGAGUACGAGGGCUUUAUGAAAGGUUACUCUGCAGCGGAGGUGCAGGACAUGGGUCUCCAAUUCCCCCAGCAUGUCCGCGGUUGCUGCGAUGAAGUUGCCGCCCAAUGGCACCUAUACUACGGUGCAUUAUACGCAGUUUCGAAAGAAGCAGUCAAGAAAAAGGGCCUUGAGGAGAUUCAUCCUGCUCCUGAGCAACUUGGCAAGUACUACGCUAUUAUGAAGGCUGACUCCAAGAAGGAAGCUAUCGAUCUGGGAAUGAUUGAUCCACAGCAUGCUCGCGGCUGUUGUAUUGAUGCCUUCUUCUCUAUCCCACCGCGUGUAGCUCAUAUAUACUACGGCGCGAUGGAUGCCGCUUCCACGGAGGAAGCUGAGAGUAUGGGAAUGCAGCAGCCGCGGCCUAUGCCCGACAAACUUGAUGAAUACAAUGGGGUUGUUAAUGCGUAUUCCAUGGAGGAAGCUGAGAAAAUGAAGCUUAAGGAUAUUCAGCAUGCAAAUGAAUGUUGCACUCUUGCUCGGCAUAGCCUCCCGGAGCGGAUUCAAUACCUGUACUAUGGGUACAUGUUUGGACGUUCUGAGGAGGCUGUGAUGCAAAGGGGACUGAAGGAUCCGCUUCGUAUUCCUGGGUUCCCGGACAAGUACUCUGGGGUUGUUUCUGCUUUCUCGGCUGAUCAAGCUAGGCAAAUGGGCAUAUUUGAGCCCUUGCGUGUGAUGUGGGACUCUGAAGUCCCUUUGAUGGCGGAGUUUGAGGAGUAA